UGAUCACACCCAACAGAAGCAUUUUCAAUAUGGAGACCACUUGCACGGGGAAGGGGAUUCAUAUUUCAAACCUUUUCCCCGAGAUUCUGGCCUUGAUCUUCAGCUACCUGGACGUGAAAGACAAGGGGAGGUCGGCGCAGGUGUGUGUGGCGUGGAGAGACGCUGCGUACCACAGAUCUGUGUGGAAAAACGUUGAGGCGAAGCUCCACCUUCGACGGGCCAACCCGUCUUUGUUCCCCAGCCUCGUUCAGCGAGGGAUCCGCCGCAUCCAGGUGCUAAGUCUGAGACGCAGUCUGAAGGACGUCAUCCUCGGUGUGCCUAACAUCGAGAGUUUGAACUUGAGUGGAUGUUACAUUGUGACGGAUAUCGGCCUUGCCCAUGCUUUUAAUCAAGACAUCUUCACGCUGACCGAGUUAAAUCUAAGUCUAUGUAAACAGGUCACAGACAGCAGUCUCCGGCGGAUAGCACAAUUUCUGAAAAAUUUAGAGACCUUAGAACUUGGGGGAUGCACGAACGUUACGAACACAGGACUAUUAUAUAUCGCCAUGUGCCUGAGGAGGUUAAAAAGUCUAAAUUUAAGAAGUUGUCGUCAUAUCAGCGACGAGGGGAUUAGUCACUUGUCAGGGUUGAACCCACACACCGCCAACGGGAACUUAGAACUUGAAUUCCUUGGACUACAGGAUUGUCAGAAACUCACAGACCAGGCCCUGAAACAUGUGAGUGUGGGGCAGAUGUACCUGAAGAGCAUCAAUUUAAGUUUCUGUGCCAGUGUUACGGAUGCAGGACUGAGAUUUCUGGCCAAAAUGAACAGUCUCCGCGAUGUCAACCUCCGCAGCUGUGACAAUGUCAGUGAUAUAGGCAUAGGCUACCUGGCAGAGGGAGGCUCACGGAUCACAGGCCUAGAUGUCAGCUUCUGUGAUAGGAUAGGAGAUCAGGCGUUAACGCACAUAGCACAAGGGCUGUUCCAUCUCCAAAGCCUCAGCCUUAAUGCCUGUAAUAUCAGUGAUGAUGGCCUAAACAGACUAGUGGCCACCCACCAUGACCUUAAGAUGCUGAACAUCGGUCAGUGUUCCAGGAUCACAGACAAAGGUCUAGCUUUGAUAGCAGACCAUCUGAAAGCACUGAAUUCUAUUGACCUAUACGGUUGCACUAAGAUCACAACCAUUGGACUGGAGAAAAUCAUGCAACUGCCUCGGCUGAGUACUCUGAAUUUGGGGCUGUGGCAUAAAAAGUGAUUAUACACCUGACAGGGGGGCUUUAUGCCCAGUCCAGACCCCCCGGGGUCUCUCCCUCUGUCCAAGACAUGUUAAUUAAUAGUGCUCCUGUCCAGGUAAAAACUGCCCCGACCGUUGCUGAGUCUGGAAGUCUGGGAGCACCUGUUAACAAAGCCCCCCAAGCCAGGGUAAUGGGCCGCCUGGACACCCCUGCGGUCAAUUGCCCUCUCAGUUCAGUGGUCACUUUGAGGACGUUAAGAGUGGACAAUGGGACAGGGCUUGGGGAUGAAAAUGGGGUCAGACAUCAGUGGAGUUAAUAUGUAGCCGGCUUCUGUUUAGGUUUAUACUACUGUUUGUCCUAUUGUGGUAUAUAUUGGAUGAAAAUUACUUGUUAAGAACAGAAAUGGGGAGAUCUUCAUCUCAUGAUUUAUUAUUAUUAUAAUUAUUAUUUUACUUGAUUAUAAUGCAGUUGAUUAUCAUAUUAUACUGAAAACUGACUUUCCUUCAAACAAAAAGUAGUUCACAUUUUAAAUGUGGUUAUUUGUAACCCCUUAUCAGGCUGCAUGACUAGGAAAAAAGACUGCAAAGCAAACCCAGCCUAUGUUUCUGUCUACUUGUACUUAGUAGUCUAAAAUUUAUGAGGCUGCUUCUUAUCCAAUAUUGAUAAGGUUUUGAAAUGUAGAGUACCCUUUUAGUUUGGUACUAAAUAUGAUUAGCUUUAUUAGUCUGUCUACUGCUAAAAUAGAACUUUAUUUAGCAAGUAGAGUGAUAUCUUGAUGUCAAUAAUUGUAGAUUUGACACUAAGGGUGCAUUCCUAUAAACACCAUGGAUCUAUGUAGAUCGACCAAAAUCUUCAGGGAUUCUAGCUGAGUGCAGUCAGCUGUACAGAUUAACAUGCCGCCUCCUGGCAUUGGGUAGAAUAAAGAAAAGCUGGUGAUUAUACCAGGAU